GGUACAAUCAGUGUUUUCGAAACCGUAUUAGGGUAAACGUUGCACCUAACUGGAACGUCUGUGGAAAAUUGGUUGGAAGUUAUUACUCUAGAGCAUUUAGUUGCAUGGGGAGGAGAGUCGAUCUUCCACUUCGCUGCUGACUACACUUCCGAAAACAAUGGCGAAUUUUGGCUACGUUGAAAUUCUGUACAUCAUAGUACUGCUGCUUAUCGUUAUCUACAGCUACCAACAAUAUAACACAGAUUUUUGGAAAAGUCGUGGUGUGGUGGGGCCACAACCUUUGCCAUUCUUUGGAAACGCUAAGGACAUGAUGUUCGGAAAAAUAUCCCAGGCCGACUAUAUCAGAAAAGUUUACAACGAAUUUCCAAACGAGAAAAUGGUUGGACUGUUCUUAAGAGAACCAUUUCUACUCCUACGUGAUCCAGAAGUAAUCAAAGAAAUUCUUAUCGAGGAAUUUUCCAAAUUUGCGGAUCGAGGUUUCGGCAUUCACGAAAAAACGGAUCCGAUGUCGGCGCAUCUCGUAAACCUGGAGCCAGAAAGAUGGCGACCGCUAAGAACGAAAUAUAUACCGUCGUUCACAGCCACAAAGAUAAAGGACAUGUUUCCCCUUCUUCUCGAGUGUUGCAAAUCCUUUGAAAAAUAUUUCGAAGCAGAGGUUGCGAAAGGGAAACCGAUAAGAUGCGACGAUCUCUGCGCAAAAUUUACGAUCAACAUAAUAAGCACUUAUGCGUUCGGAAUCGACACAAGUACAACAGAAAAUGCCGAAAUUUGUCGCAAGGGCAGGGAAAUUUUCAAAGUGAAUUUGGUAAAUGCUCUCCGUUUUAAAAUCAAAUUGUACGCGCCAACCUUGUACGCUUUGAUCGGUUACGUUAUACCAGAGAAGAACUUAGCUCCAUACUUCACGAAAUUCAUCACGGAAGUUAUAAAGUAUCGGGAAAAACAUAAUAUCAAGAGAAUUGAUUUUAUCAAUACCCUUAUGGAAAUCAAGAAACAUCCGGAAAAUCUGCCAACUGUCGAAUUAACUGAUACCUUCAUUGCUGCACAAGCAACUGGAAUGUUUGCAGCUGGUUUUGAAACUUCUUCGACCACAAUGUCACACGCCCUUUACGAAUUGGCACUGAAUCCUAAGAUUCAAAAUAAAUUGCGUGAAGAGAUUAGGGAGUACCAUGCCAAAAACAAUGGAAUCUGGACAAGUGAGGAUAUAGGGGAAAUGGAAUAUUUAGAAAAAGUUUUUAAAGAAACGUUGAGAAUGUAUCCACCGACAGUAAUUCUACAGAGGAGAGCUAAUUGCAACUACACUUUCAAAGGCACGAAGAUUACAAUACCAAAAAAUACACCAGUAUGGAUUCCAUUGUUCGCACUUCAACGUGAUAGCAACGUCUUUCCAAAUCCUGAUACUUUUGAUCCUGAACGAUUUAACGAAGAUGUAAAUCGUAACUCGAUAUAUUAUAUACCUUUCGGUGCUGGACCAAGGAAAUGCAUUGGUAUACGUAUGGGGAGCUAUGAAACGAAACUUGGCAUAAUCCAAAUCCUUUGCAAUCACAGAGUCGACGUUUGUGAGAAGACUCUUAUUCCGUAUCAAACUGAUCCAAAUGCUAUGCUACUGACACCACUGGGAGGAAUAUACUUGAAGAUAACAAAAUUGGAAACUUAAUAUACAUUCGUUGAAUGUGAGGUGGGUGAGGAACGCCGUUGCACUGUUUUCACCUCAAUUUAUUAAAAUAUAAGUGUUA